AUGACAGACAAAAAAGUUGAAGUCCCUCCAAACGUCAACCCCUCAUUAUGGAGAAAAAAUUCCAUAGAGAGCAAUGUUCAUCGAUACAAUUCUCUUCCAUCCAAAAUUAGUGGGGCUCUCACUAGAGAACAAAUAUAUUCAUACCAAGUUAUGUUCAGGAUUCAGGAGAUUACCAUCAAGCUACGCACGAAGGACUUUGUUCCGCCGUCGAGAAAGAACAGAUCACCUUCUCCGCCACCAGUUUAUGAUGCCCAAGGUAAAAGAACCAAUACUCGUGAACAGAGAUAUAGAAAGAAAUUGGAGGAUGAACGUAUUAAGUUAGUUGAGAUAGCGUUAAAGGCUAUCCCUUAUUUUGUUCCUCCAGAUGAUUACAAAAGGCCAACGAAAUUUCAGGAUAAGUAUUAUAUCCCGGUGGAUCAGUACCCUGACGUUAAUUUUGUUGGUUUAUUAUUAGGCCCUCGUGGGCGUACGUUAAGAAAAUUACAGGAGGAUUCUAACUGUAAGAUUGCAAUCAGGGGAAGAGGUUCAGUUAAAGAAGGCAAAAAUGCAAGUGAUUUACCUCCAGGCGCUAUGAACUUUGAGGAUCCCUUGCACUGCCUAAUUAUCGCUGAUUCAGAAGAUAAGAUUCAAAAGGGUAUAAAGGUUUGUCAAAACAUUGUUAUUAAAGCAGUGACAUCUCCCGAGGGUCAAAAUGAUUUGAAACGUGGGCAACUAAGAGAAUUGGCAGAACUCAAUGGUACUCUGAGAGAAGAUAAUAGGCCGUGUCCGAUCUGUGGUUUAAAAGAUCAUAAAAGGUAUGAUUGCCCAAAUAGGAAUAUUCCAAAUAUACAGAGUAUUGUGUGUAAAUCAUGUGGGCAAACCGGACAUUUUAGCAGAGAUUGUAAAUCAGUAAUUCAAAGAACGAGCCGCUUUGACAGAGUUGCCACUGUACAUAAUAGCUCGCCAAUACAGAGUAAGGACAUACACUAUAAUAGUAAUUCUUUCCCAACUCAAGCACCGAAAAGAUCUCGUUUUGAUAAUAAUGCAAUGGAUAUUCCUUCAAGGUUCCCAACCUCAUCACGUUAUGCACCAACACCCUCGCCGCCCGCGUCACAUAUUCCAAACCGAGCUCAAAACGUGGCCUCUACACCUCCUCCUGGACUAGCUUCAAGUAACUUCAGUUCUGGAGUCCCAGGAAUGGCUCCUUUGCCACUACAUAGCCCUCCAGAGUCGGAGCAACCAAAAUUUGCUCUACCGCCACCCCCUGGUAUGACUGCGGUACAAUCCUCAAUUUCACCCCCCCCUGGACUAAAUGGCCCUCCUGGGUUCUCUAAUAAUACAGACAUUGACCUUAACAAAAUUAAACCUCCAGGACUUCAAGGGCCUCCCGGACUAUAG